AGUAUCUGUGGAAGACAAAGGCGAGGUGGGCGACCCCAGGGCGUGGGCCAGGCCGCGGAGCGCGCACGGCUAGGCUGCCCCGACGGCCGCCGCGGACCAUGUCUCCCGCUCCAAGGCACGCUCGCAGGCUGCUGCUCCCCCUGCUCACGCUCUGCUCGGUGCUCGCCGCGCUCAGCUCGGCCCAAAGCAGCUUCAGCCCAGAGGCCUGGCUGCAGCAAUAUGGCUACCUGCCCCCUGGGGACCUUCGUACUCACACGCAGCGCUCACCCCAGUCACUUUCAGCUGCCAUCGCUGCCAUGCAGAGGUUCUAUGGUUUACGUGUGACAGGCAAAGCUGAUGCAGACACCAUGAAGGCCAUGAGACGCCCCCGCUGUGGUGUUCCAGACAAGUUUGGGGCUGAGAUCAAGGCCAAUGUCAGAAGGAAGCGCUAUGCCAUCCAGGGCCUGAAAUGGCAACAUAAUGAGAUUACUUUCUGCAUCCAGAAUUACACCCCCAAGGUGGGCGAGUAUGCCACAUUCGAGGCCAUUCGCAAGGCAUUCCGCGUGUGGGAGAGUGCCACACCGCUGCGCUUCCGUGAGGUGCCUUAUGCCUACAUCCGUGAGGGCCAUGAGAAGCAGGCCGACAUCAUGAUCUUCUUUGCCGAGGGCUUCCAUGGCGACAGCACACCCUUCGAUGGCGAGGGUGGCUUCCUGGCCCACGCCUACUUCCCAGGCCCCAACAUUGGAGGGGACACCCACUUUGACUCUGCCGAGCCCUGGACUGUCCGGAAUGAGGAUCUUAAUGGAAAUGACAUCUUCCUGGUAGCUGUGCAUGAGUUGGGCCACGCCUUGGGCCUUGAGCAUUCCAAUGACCCCUCGGCCAUCAUGGCGCCCUUUUACCAGUGGAUGGACACAGAGAACUUUGUGCUGCCUGAUGACGACCUCCGGGGCAUACAGCAACUUUACGGAAGUGGGUCAGCAUCCCCCACCAAGAUGCCACCUCACCCCAAGACUACCUCCCGGCCUUCUGUCCCUGAUAAGCCCAAAAACCCCACCUAUGGACCCAACAUCUGUGAUGGGAACUUUGACACCGUGGCCGUGCUCAGAGGGGAGAUGUUUGUCUUCAAGGAGCGGUGGUUUUGGCGGGUGAGAGAUAACCAAGUGAUGGAUGGUUACCCAAUGCCCAUCGGCCAGUUCUGGCGGGGCUUGCCUGCAUCCAUCAACACUGCCUAUGAGAGGAAGGAUGGCAAGUUUGUCUUCUUCAAAGGAGACAAGCACUGGGUGUUUGAUGAGGCUUCACUGGAACCUGGCUACCCUAAGCACAUUAAGGAGUUGGGCCGAGGACUACCUACAGACAAAAUUGAUGCUGCACUUUUCUGGAUGCCCAGCGGAAUGACCUACUUCUUCCGGGGAAACAAGUAUUACCGUUUCAAUGAGGAGCUCAGGGCAGUGGACAGUGAGUACCCUAAAAACAUCAAAGUCUGGGAAGGAGUUCCUGAGUCACCCAGAGCAUCAUUCAUGGGCAGUGAUGAAGUCUUCACUUAUUUCUACAAGGGGAACAAAUACUGGAAAUUCAACAAUCAGAAGCUGAAGGUGGAGCCAGGUUACCCCAAGUCAGCUCUGCGGGAUUGGAUGGGCUGCCCCUCAGGGGGUCGGCCCGACCAGGGGACAGAGGAGAAGACCGAGGUGAUCAUCAUCGAGGUGGAUGAGGAGGGCGGUGGCGCCGUGAGCGCAGCUGCCGUGGUGCUGCCUGUAGUGCUGCUGCUUCUGGUGCUGGCAGUGGGCCUCGCUGUCUUCUUCUUCAGACGCCAUGGGACCCCCAAGCGAUUGCUCUAUUGCCAGCGCUCCCUGCUAGACAAGGUCUGACCCCCACCGCUGGCCCACCCACUCCUACCACAAGGACUUUGCCUCUGAAGGCCAGUGGCAGCAGGGGGUGGUGGGUGGGCUGCUCCCACCUGCCUUAAGCUCCUUCCCCCUAG